AUGGAGCUCUGUUCAUCUUUUAAACCACACUCCUCGGUAGACAUCUCCUUCUCCUCUUCGUUCUCAUCCUUCCCCUUCCAAACCCACGUCAAAACCCCCAAUAUUGCAACAAACUUUCGAAUUUUUGCAGUAGCUGUAGACCCAAAAGAGCUCCCAAGAAACAGCCCUCAAAGACUUUUGAGAGAGCUAGCAGAGCGCAAGAAAGUAGUCUCCCCCAAGAAAAAACCGCCCCCGAAGAGAUUCAUUCUCAAGCCCCCACUUGAUGAUGCGAAACUGGCUGAAAGAUUCCUCAAAAGCCCGCAAUUAACCCUAAAAUCCUUCCCUUUGUUGAGUUCUUGCUUGCCUUCUUCCCGGUUAAACAAUGCAGAUAAAACGUGGAUGGACGAGUACUUGCUUGAAACCAAGCAGGCUUUAGGUUACCCUUUAGAGCCUUCUGAGAAUUAUGGAGAUGAUAAUCCGGCUAAGCAGUUCGACAUAUUGUUGUAUCUGGCAUUUCAGCAUCCCCACUGCGAGAGGACUAAUGCUCGCCAUGUGAGGUCGGGGCAUUCCAGGUUGUGGUUCUUGGGGCAGUAUGUGCUCGAGAUGGCAUUGUGUGAGUUUUUCUUGCAGAGGUAUCCUAGGGAGUCACCGGGGCCAAUGAGGGAGAGAGUGUAUGCUUUGAUAGGGAAAAGGUUUCUGCCCAAGUGGAUAAAAGCUGCUAGCUUGCAGAAUUUGAUUUUCCCAUACGAUGAUAUGGAUAAGUUGAUUAGAAAGGAUCGAGAACCGCCAGUGAAAUCUGUAUUUUGGGCCUUGUUUGGGGCAAUAUAUUUGUGUUUUGGCAUGCCAGAAGUAUACCGUGUUCUUUUUGAAGUGUUUGGAAUGGACCCUGAGGCUGAAGACUGCCAACCUAAACUGAGGAGACAGCUUGAAGAUGUAGACUAUGUUUCUGUGGAUUUUGAAAGUAGAAAGCUGAACUGGCAGGAUGUUGCUUCUUAUAGGCCUCCAGAAGAUGCUCUUUUUGCGCACCCAAGGCUUUUCAGGGCAUGUGUUCCACCUGGUCUGCAUCGGUUUCGUGGGAAUAUAUGGGAUUAUGAUUGUAGACAACAAGUCAUGAAAACACUUGGAUAUCCCUUGGCAAUGGCGGAUAGGAUACCUGAGAUCACUGAAGCUAGGAACAUAGAACUUGGACUUGGCUUACAGCUCUGUUUCUUGCACCCAUCCAUGUACAAAUUUGAGCAUCCACGGUUUUGCUUCGAGCGACUGGAAUUCGUUGGUCAAAAGAUCCAGGAUCUUGUAUUAGCAGAGAGGUUGCUAAUGAAGCAUCUAGAUGCUCCGGGAAGAUGGUUGCAGGAAAAGCACCGCCGACUUCUGAUGAACAAGUUCUGUGGCAGGUACUUGAGGGAGAAAUAUCUCCAUCGCUUCAUUAUUUACAGCGAGGAGGUACAGGAUUCCUAUGAACAUAAUAGAAGGCUGCGAAAUCCAGCUACAACCUCUGUUCAACAAGCCAUUCAUGGGCUUGCGUAUGCUGUAUACGGGAAGCCAGAUGUAAGACGCCUCAUGUUCGAGGUUUUUGACUUCGAGCAGAUCCAGCCUAAGGCGCCUCCUAACCUGCGCUCCCCUUCUGCAUCUGUGCGUAUUAAUAAGAUCAACGGCACCGUAACGUCGGAGAUCUACGGCUCUGGAAUGUCGAAAGCCCGAGUCUACCCUGAUGUGAAUGUAUUGCGUCCCAGAGAAUAUUGGGAUUACGAAAAUCUCACUGUCCAGUGGGGAGACCAAGAUGAUUACGAGGUAGUCCGAAAAGUUGGAAGGGGAAAAUACAGUGAGGUUUUUGAAGGUAUAAAUGUCAACAGCAAUGAGAAGUGCAUAAUCAAGAUUCUGAAACCUGUCAAGAAGAAAAAGAUAAAAAGAGAAAUCAAAAUACUGCAGAACCUUUGUGGGGGUCCCAAUAUUGUCAAGCUCCUUGAUAUCGUUAGAGAUCAGCACUCGAAAACUCCCAGCUUGCUAUUUGAAUAUGUGAACAGUACAGAUUUCAAAAUUCUGUAUCCUACAUUGACGGACUAUGACAUACGCUACUACAUAUAUGAGCUUCUCAAGGCAUUAGAUUACUGUCACUCACAAGGAAUAAUGCACAGAGAUGUCAAGCCUCAUAAUGUUAUGAUAGACCACGAGUUACGAAAGCUUCGCUUGAUAGACUGGGGUCUUGCAGAAUUUUAUCACCCUGGCAAGGAGUAUAAUGUUCGUGUAGCUUCAAGAUAUUUCAAGGGUCCAGAACUUCUUGUUGACCUCCAAGACUAUGACUAUUCAUUAGAUUUGUGGAGCCUUGGUUGCAUGUUUGCUGGAAUGAUUUUUCGCAAGGAACCUUUCUUUUAUGGACAUGACAACCAGGACCAACUUGUGAAGAUUGCCAAGGUGCUUGGGACAGAUGAGUUGAAUGCAUAUUUGCAUAAAUAUCAGUUAGAACUUGAUCCUCAACUUGAAGCUCUAGUCGGGAGACACAGCAGGAAACCCUGGACAAAAUUUGUCAAUGCAGAUAAUCAGCAUCUAGUAUCUCCAGAGGCGAUAGAUUUUCUCGACAAGCUCCUUCGGUACGAUCAUCAGGAUAGACUCACGGCAAAAGAAGCCAUGGCCCACCCAUAUUUCUCGCAACUGGCUGUUAAGAUCGGUUCGUCCUGCUCUUCUGUUGACAUGUUCAUUUGGUCGAAUGGCUCAUGGCUUCGGACACCUUCAGUUCAGCCUCAACCUGGCCGCGGCGCUGUCAGCUCCACCGAUGCGCUGACUGAGACAGGUGGCGGCGCAACCAAUCCCCAGGCUCAACUCUCCGCCACUGAUGCUGUGAACCGCCAAGGGGUCCCUUAG